AUGUCGGCCACGAACCAGAUCUUCGAAUCCUCAUCCAGUGUACAGUAUCCCGGCGCUGACAGACACACCACUUUCGCCCAACUGGCCGACACCAACGAGUUGAGAGCGUACCACAAGAUGGCUUUGGUCAUUUUCGUCAUCGGUGGCUUCCACGGGGACAACCACUAUCACAAGAGUUGCAGAAAAUUCAACCUGUCGACACGAACAUGGUCGCACGUGACACCUAUGAACGUCGAGAGAUGUUAUGUGAGCACAGCGGUCGUCGACGGAAAAAUCUACAACGGUCGCUUCAGGCUAAAUACGGCGGAGGUUCUGAACUUGGAAACAAACCAGUGGUCCCUGAUCCGACCCAUGGAAUAUUAGAGGAGCGACGCCGCGUGCGCGGUUGUCAAUGGCAAAAUCUACGCGAUAGGCGGCUUCACCGGCACCAUGUGCAAUCGCACUGUGGAGUGUUGUGAUCCGGCGAGUAAUUCGUGGACUCUCGUCUCGAGCAUGAGUACCGUACAUUCUGGCAUGUGCGCAGUAGCUCUCGACGGGAAGAUAUACGCGCUCGGUCGAUCGAGCGGCAGCUCGAGGCUCAGUUCGUGUGAAGUCUACGAUCCCGCGACCGAUAAGUGGUCUCCGAUUGCGCCAAUGUUGACAGCCAGGAGUAACUCCGCGACGGUCGUAUGCGCUUCGAAUAUCUACGUGUUCGGUGGUUACACAGGACAAGCGACGACCAAGGAAUUCUGCGAAUGCUGCAGCCCGGCCACCAACGAGUGGUUUGUUCUGACCGAUAUGACGCACCCACGGUCGGCGUUGGCAGCGAUUUUCAUCCCGUGUUUCGACGGAAUCAAAGAGCUCUCCUACCCCAAUCGGAAACAGAUAUUUCUGGAAGCACAGCGGUUAUCUGUUGUCACGGGGGUGGAUUAG